CACUGCACCCACUGCACCCCCAGAGCUCUGUGGCGUCGGAGCUCUGUGCAUUUCACGGGGAGCCGGGGAAGUUGAGGCGCCCUGGGUCACCGGUGCGCAGCCCGCGAGCGCGGGAAACUCGCAAGAGCUACUUCUGGCUCUGCAGCGCCUCCCGCCGGCCGAGGCACCGCCCCGCGGCACCGGCGCGCAGCCAGCCUCCAGCAGGGAGGGCAGCCGGGACCCCGCACCUUUCCGCGAGCCGCCCACCCUCGGCUCGGGAGUCGCGUCUAUACUGAGGAGCGGGGGCGGGGCUGCGAACUGCAGUUGCUAUUAAGAGUUUUGGCCAAUCCGCUGCCGGCUCCACUUCUCCUGGCCAAUAGGAAGUAGCCUAGGGCGCAGAGGCGGAAAGUGCGGCCACACGAACAGGCUUGGCAGCCAAUCGGCCGCUGGCCUCGGUUCGGCGCUCCAACCCGCGCGGAGAGCGGGCCUGGGGAAGGCCGGGGCGGCUGUCAGGCUAAAGUCCGGCUGGCGGGCGCGGCGGGACGGCGGCGGCGGCGGGACGGGCCCUGGAGAUGAGCCGUGGUGCCGCGGGCUGGUGCUGUCUCGUGCUCUGGCUGCCCGCGUACGUCGCGGCCCACGGCUUACGCAUCCAUGACUACUUAUAUUUCCAAGUGCUGAGUCCUGGGGACAUUCGCUAUAUCUUCACAGCCACGCCUGCCAAGGACUUUGGUGGUAUAUUUCACACACGGUAUGAGCAGAUUCACCUUGUCCCCGCCGAACCUCCAGAGGCCUGUGGGGAACUCAGUAACGGCUUCUUCAUCCAGGACCAGAUUGCUCUGGUGGAAAGGGGGGGCUGCUCCUUCCUCUCCAAGACCAGGGUGGUUCAGGAGCAUGGUGGGCGGGCUGUGAUCAUCUCGGACAAUGCAGUUGACAAUGACAGUUUCUACGUGGAGAUGAUCCAGGAUAGUACUCAACGCACAGCUGACAUUCCUGCCCUCUUCCUGCUCGGCCGAGAUGGGCCCUGUCUUGAAUAUCCCAGUCAAGGGGCAAAAAAGUUCUCAGGUUCUGGAAACUCCCAGAGUAACAGGCAGAGGGCAGUGUUGGGGUGCUGAGAAAGUGACUGCUCUUCAUGCCCUCCCAGCUACAUGAUCCGCCGCUCUCUGGAACAGCAUGGGCUGCCAUGGGCCAUCAUCUCUAUCCCAGUCAAUGUCACGAGUAUCCCCACUUUUGAGCUGCUGCAACCUCCCUGGACUUUCUGGUAGAAAAGCUUACCCCAGGUACCAGCCACAGGUGACUCACUGGGAAGAAAAAAACUAAGAUUCUGCCGUUUGGAGUUUGGAGAUAGACUGAGGACAAGUAGAGCCAGGGAUGGGACAGGGAAGCCACACUAGUGGCUUUCCCUUCCUUAGGGCCUGCAAGAACAUCUCAUGCUCCAGUAAGAGCCAAGAACCAGGCCCAAGGCAUCUGGGCAGAAUUUGGAACAAAAGGUGCUGAAGGCAGGCGGCCUUGUCCUCCGCUACCUGUCACACACCAGUUUUUCAGCCUCCCACAGCCCGGACUUCCUCACAGUGACUCUUGUAGCUCUUGCUGAAGUGGUUUAAGAAAUAGUUAUUCUGGGCCGAAGGAUUCUCUACUCUUUAGCAAUAAAGGUAAAUAAAGCUCGUCAGGUUUGUACCUGUGUCCUAA